AUCUCUUUCUAAUCCCGCUUGUUGUGCAGCCGCAAUUGUGUGCAUCUAGGAGCCUUUCUCCCAGCUUGGCCCAGGCUCCGCGGCCUUAAGCGACUCUUUAGAAAGAACCGGGAAACCCCCCGGGACCCGCUGGAGAAAGGGGAGCGGAGGGCACGGCUCCCGCAAAGCACCCCCAGGGAAGGAGCCUGGGGUUGGCCCCAUGGAGACUGCUUGGCUGAGCCGGGGAAAGCGGCUUGGAUCCCCAGGGGAGGAGUGAUGGGGCUCUAGGACUCUCUCCCACUGCCCCGGGACCCCCAUGAGCACCCCGGAGCCUGCGGCGGACCCCGAGCUGAGACUGGAGGCGGUGAUUCAGAAGUUGGAGAGCAGCGUGCUGACCUCCGGGGAAGGGAAGAGCCUCGCCAUCCGGGGCACCUCCAAGGACGCGCCACCCACCCGCCUGCCCGCCCGCAUCCGGGAGAUCGUCACCGAGAACCUGUCGGAGCCGCAGGACCAAGCGGCCUCUCCCGCCGAGAUGUCCUCGCUGCUGUCCCUCCAGGAGGAGAAUCGCAUCCUGCAGCAGGAGCUGUCGCGUGUCGAGGACCUGCUGGCACAGAGCCGAGCCGAACGCGAUGAGUUGGCCAUCAAGUACAAUGCCAUCAGCGAGCGGCUCGAGCAGGCCCUGCGGCUGGAGACCGGGGAGCGGGAGCGAGAGUCGCUGGAGAACAAGAGCCUGGCGCAGCAGAACGUGGAGCUGCGGCGCCGCCUGGACGAGGAGCAGGCUGCCUACAAACGCAAGCUCCAGGCCUACCAGGAGGGCCAGCAGCGGCAGGCCCAGCUGGUCCAGAAGCUGCAAGCAAAGGUGCUGCAGUACAAGAAGAAGUGCGGGGAGGUGGAGCAGCAGCUGCUGGAGAAGUCCACGGAGCUGGAGCAGCAGAGACUCACGAGCCAGCUGGACAUGACGGACUCACGCCUGUGCCUGGAGGAGGAGCACAGCAACGACCUGGAGAACGCACUCAUCCGCCUGGAAGAGGAGCAGCAAAGGAGUGCCAGCUUGGCUCAGGUCAAUGCCAUGCUGCGGGAGCAGCUGGACCAGGCCAACACAGCCAACCAGGCCCUCAGCGAGGACAUCCGGAAGCUGACGGCCGACUGGACCAAAGCCCGUGACGAGCUGGAGCAGCGGGAGGUGGAGUGGCGCCGAGAGGAGGAGUCGUUCAACACCUACUUCAGCAACGAGCACAGCCGGCUGCUGACCCUCUGGAGAAAGGUCGUGGGCUUCCGGCGGCACUUCAGCGAGAUGAAGACCAUGACUGAGAGGGACCUGUCGGAGCUGAGCAGCCAGGUGUCCAAGGCCAGCCGCACCAUCCACGCCUCCUGCCUCAACCUGAGCAGCAACCUGCGCUUGUCGGAGAGCAGCGCCGGCGCGGCCCUGGAGAAGCAGGCCCUGCUGCUGGCCCAGAUAGAGGAGCAGCUCAAGGACAAGGUGCGCGACAUGAUCCAGCUGCAGGUCAAGUGUGACAUGGAGAAGGCAGAGCUCAGCGCCAGGGUCACAGAGCUGGCAGCAAUGGUGGAGAGCUUGAAAACCCAAAAUGCAGAGAAGGAGAAGGUGGCGGAGGUCCUGACGCAGAAGCUGGAGACCCUGGAGGCCACUCGGGCACGGGAGCAGGCAGUGAUGGAGGCCGAGGAGAUCGAGGCCUUGCGGACAGAGUCGGAGCUGCUGCAGCAGACGCUGCGGGACCUGGCGCAGGCCGUCCUCUCGGACACGGACAGCGCCAUCCAGCUCACCGGCACUGAGCGCACGCCAGACGCCUCGGACAGCGAGGCCACGGGGCUCAGCCUGCGGGGCCUGUCGUCCAGUCUGCGCACCCCGUCCCCGCUCCGGCGCUCCUCCCCGCGCCGCAGCCUUUCCCCGGCCGUUUCCGACUCCACCUUGGCGGCCGUGCACUCCGCGCUGCAAAAGAGGCAGCUCCAGGUGCAGGACAUCCGGAGCAAGUACGAAGCCAGCCAAGACCUGGUGAGCUCCCUGCGGAGGCAGCUGGGUGAGAGCGACGGCGAGCGGCGCUCCCUGGAGCAGAAGAUCUUGCAGCUGAAGGACGAGGUGGACUGCUCUUCCAGAGCCAGGGAGGACGCCCAGCAGGAUGUCGGCCGCUUCCGUGCCUCAGUUGACCUCUUGGGCAGUGAGAAGAGCACCCUGGAGAGGAGCCUGCAGGCCCUCCAGCAGCACGUUGAGUCCCUGCGGCAGGAGAACGAGAAGCUGCAGCUGGCCAACGCCGACCUGCAGCGCCAGCGCGACAACCUGGAGGACGAGAAGGACGACGUGGCUAAGGACAAGGACCGGGCGCAGAAGGAGGUGGAGAGAGGUCACAAGCAGCUGGAACAGCUGGAAGUGAAGAAAUCCAGCCUGAAGAAGGAGCUUAUCCUCGUUAAGGAAACCCUGAACAGGGCCACCUUGGAGAAGGAGGUGUCCGAGAACGAGAAGGUGGGGCUGGAGGAGGCUCUUUCCAAGGCGGAGGUGAGCCGAGCCGAGCUGGAGCUCGCCAUCAACAAGCUGAAGGCGGAGGAGGCUUCUCUGCGCGACUCGCUAUCCAAGAUGAGCUCCCUGAAUGAGGGCUUGGCCCAGGAUAAAACCGAGCUCAACAGGAUCCUCGUACAGCUGGAGGAGGAGAAGGUGGCCUUGCUGGAGCAGAAGCAGGGGGUGGAGCAGGAGAAGAUCUCGCUCCGUGAGGAGCUGGUGCGGCUGGAGCAGGAGAAGCUGGACCUGGACACGCAGAAGCAGGGGCUGGGCCGUUCCCUGCAGGCGGCAGAGCAGAGCCGGGACAAGCUGGAGCGAGACCUGCUGGUGCUGCAGCGGGAGAGGGGGCAGCUGCAGGAGCAGCUGGGGCAGCUGUCCCGCCAGAAGACGGCAGCGAGCGAGGAGCUGGCGCAGGCACGGAGGGAGCAGGAUAGGCACGGCGAAGCCUUGCUGCGCGCCGCCAAGGAGAAGGAGGGGCUGAUGAAGGAGAAGGCCAGCCUGGCGGUGCAGCUGACGGCCUCGGAGCGGGAGAACAGGGGGCUGGCCGAGGAGAUCGCUGGGCUCAGGUCGGAGAAGGAUGCCUUGGAGACCACGCUGUUCGAGAUCCAGCAGCAGCUCUCCCAGCUGGCCGCGCGCAAGGAGCAGCUGGAGGCAGACAACCAGGCCCUGUUCCUGGCCAAGGAGACGCUGCAGGUGGAAAUGGCUGGCGCCCGGAAGCAGCUGGAGGCAGACGUGACCCGGCUGGAGCGGGGCAAGGAGCUCUUGGCUCAGAAGCUGUCUCAGACGGAGCAGGAGGCCCAGGUCACGCUGAGGAACGAGCAGGCGGCUCACGAGGAGGACAUGGAUCGUCUCCAGAGGGAGAAGGAGACGCAGCGCCUGGAGCUGGAGGCGGAGAAGGAGGAGGCGCUGCACCGCCUGGCCCAGGAGCGGGACGAGCUGCUGGCCCGCUACGAGGCGGAGAAGGAGGAGCUGAGCGAGGAGAUCGCGGCGCUGCAGCAGGAGCGGGAUGAGAGCCUUCUGCUGGCGGAGAACGAGAAGCAGCAGGCCCUGUCUCUUAAGGAGUCGGAGAAGACCAUCCUGUCGGAGAAGCUGAACGGCGUUCAGCAGAGCCUCACCGGCGUCACCCUGGAGAUGGAGCGGCAGAAGCGAGAUGCCAUGAGCCGGCAGGAGCAGGACAGGAGCACCAUCAACGGCCUGACCUCGGAGCUGAAGAACCUGCGGGCACGGUUCGAGGAAGCCAUCGCGGCCCACGAGCGGGAGGUGAAGGGCUUGCACGAACAGGCCAAGGACCUGAGCAGGCAGCGAGAGAGCAGCGUCCGGGAGGUGGAGGAGCUGAAGACGCAGCUGCGCAUGGUGGAGGAUGCUCGGGAUGGCAUCCGCCGGGACCUGAUCGAGGCUCACCGCAAGGUGCGGGAGAGCCUGGAGGGCCACGAGCUGCAGCGGAAGGAGAUCCAGGACCUGCGGCGCAGCCUGAGCGACGAGGCCAAGGAGAAGGAGGCAAUGCAGCGCUCCAACCAGGAGCUGCGGGCCGCCGUGAAGCGAGCGGAGAGCGACCGCAUCAGCUUGAAGCGGGCCAACGAGGAGAAGGAGCAGAAGAUGUCCAUCCUGGAAGAGGCUCGGGCCGCGGUGGGCAAGGAGGCCGCCGACCUGAGGAGCAGCCUGCAGGAGGUGGAGCGGUCGCGGCUGGAGGCCCGCAGGGAGCUGCAGGAGCUGCGCAGACAGAUCAAGAUGCUGGACAGCGAGAACACCAAGAAGAGCAAGGAGGUGGCCGAGCUGCAGGCCCGGGUGGCCGUGGAUGAGCAGCGGGAGGAGGAGACCCGGCGGGAGUCCUUCGGCCUCAAGCAGAAGAUCGUGGAGAGCGAAGCCAGCAGGGAGUCUGCCAAGAAGGAGCUCCACAACCUGCAGCGCAAGCUGUCGGAGCUGGAGGGCGAUUUCCGCCUGCGGGAGAAGGACCUGCUGGGCAGCCUGGAGGAGGCCCGCGGCAAUGAGAAGAAGCUGCUGGACAAUGCCCGCAACCUGGAGAUCAAGCUGGACAAUGCGCAGGCCGAGGCUUCAGAGCUGAGCCUGCGCCUGAGCGCUGCCGAGGGCCGCGUCCACGGCUUGGAGGCCGAGUUGGUGCGCGUGGAGGGGCUGAAACGGGACGUGGAGUUCAAGCUGGGCAGCCUGCACUCGGCCCUGCGGCGCACCAUGGGCGUCAGCCGCGGGGGCCGAGCCCCCAGCCCCGCCAUCCGGGGCCGUAGCAGCUCCCCAAAGAGACUCUUCUCUCCCCCAAGAGCAGGGCCUUUGGUGUCCGUCCCUCCAGGCGAUGCUGCUUCCAGCCCCACGGAUGGACACGCCAGCCCCAUGCCGCAGGCGGGCAGCCCCGGCUCCCGCCCCCUCUCCCCGGAGCGCCCCUUCUCCCCCCCCUCCCCCCCCAGCCGCAGCGAGCAGCUGGUGGCGGAUAUUGACCCCGACGUGGUGCGGGCGGCCCUCCGGGACUUCCUGCAGGAGCUGCGGGAGACACAGCGAGAGCGGGACGACCUGCGGGCCCGCCUGAGCAGCCUGACCCGGCAGCUGGCGGAGAUGGAGUCGGACCGGGACAGUGCCAGCGCGCGAGUGCAACAGCUGCAGAAGCUGGUGGCUGAGAGUGAGGAAGGGAGACGUGGCAUGGACGGCAAGCUGAGCAGCGCCCAGACUGCCCUGAUGCUGCAGGAAGAGACCCUCCGGCGCAACGACCGGGAGCGCAAGGCCUUGCUGGACAAGGUGGCAACACUGGAGCGAAGCCUCCAGUCGGCAGACAGCGAGCGCCGGACCACGCAGGAGAAGAUCACCAAGAUGAAGGCCAACGAGGCCAAGCUGGAGGCUGACAAGCGGCGCCUCAAGGAGAUCCUGGAUGCAGCCGAGAGCCGCUGCACCAAGGUGGAGCUGCUGCGGCGCUCGCUGGAUGGGGAGCUGCAGAGGAUGAAGCUGGUGCUGAGCGACCGCGAGAUGGAGAUCCAGGUGCUGCAGGAUCGCGGCGACAUGCUGCAGAGACAGGUGACUGACAGCGAGAUGAAGGCCAGCGCCCUGCAGAUGUCUGUGGACCGACUGACCCUGGUGCUGGGGAAGGCUGAGGAGAGCGAGAGCUCCCUGAAGGACAAGGUGCAGAGCCUGUCGGCCGCUUUGACCGAGAGCAGCGCCGGCGCGGACUCGGCCGAGGAGAAGGUGUUGCAGCUGCAGAAGGCGCUGACCGCCAGCGAGCACGACCGUCGAGUGCUCCAGGAGCGGCUGGACGCUGCUCGCCAGGCGGUCUCCGAAGCCAAGAAGCAGAACGGCACGCUGGCCGACCGCAUCCAGGGUCUGAAGACCGAGCAGGCCGAGCUGGAGCUGCAGAAGGAGGAGCUGGAAGGUCAGGUGCGGCAGCAGCAGGAGCUGCUGCGCCAGCGCCAGGAGGGUGAGAGCUUGGCCUUGCGGGGCCAGCAGAAGCUGCAGGAGGACAAGCACCUGCUGCAGGAGAGGCUGGGCAGCUUGCAGCGGGCACUGGCCCAGCUGGAGAGCGAGAAGCGGGAGGCCGAGCGCUCCUCCCUGCGCCUGGAGAAGGACAAGACCGCCCUGAAGAAGACCCUGGACAAGGUGGAGCGCGAGAAGCUGAAGACUCGUGAAGACUCGUUGCGGCUGUCGGCAGAGAAGGGUCGACUGGACCGCUCGCUCACCACGGUGGAGCAGGAGCUGGCGGAUGCCCAGCGGCAGAUCCAGCUGCUGGAGGCUCAGCUGGCUGAGAUGGAGCAGAGCCAGUCGCAGAGUCUGAUGGAGACGGCCACGCGCCACCGCCAGGAGCUGCAGGUGGAGAUCGAGCGCCUGCGCGGCUCCCAGGUCCAGGCCGAACGCACGCUGGAGGCCCGGGAGCGAGCCCACAGGCAGCGCGUGAAAGGCCUGGAGGAGCAGAUCUCCACGCUGAAGGAUCAGCUCCAGCAAGAGCUGCGGCGCUAUCAGCCCCACUACCCGGCUUCCUCCCUCCUCCCCGGGAACUAGGCUCUGUCCCGCUGGCCAGCCGCACCGUGACCCCGGAGACGUCGGUGCUGUGCCCCUUCCUGCGGUGCCAGCACGGAGGCUGGUUGGUACGGACGGGGUCAGUCCCAGCGGAUCCCUGGUCAGGUACCAAGGGGCUGUAGCCGUCGCAGGGACCCUUUCACAUUGCUAACUUGCCUUCUCUGUCGUGCGUCUCGUACAGAAGCACGAUGAGGAAAGCUGGGACUCAUCUGCAGUCACAGGAUUCACUGUGGGUCCCAUUUCCAGACGUGCUGAGCACCCACAACUUGAAGGACAGUCGGUGGGAGCUACAGGCGCUCAGCACCUGAGAGUCAGGCCCUGCAUGUUGUCACCUGUGGUUGGAAAGAUGCUCUUAGAGGGUGAUGGUCACCACUCUGGGCUGGGGCUACGUAAGCAGCCACCGCUAUUUGGCGGCGAUGGAGCGUCUGUCCAGAGCAGGGCUGGGGGGCUCCUGCACUCGGUUCUUGGUGCCAAUACACGCGAGUCUGGGCAAGUCCCUUUCCCUUUUGUGCCUCACUCUACUGCCCUGAAACGGGGCACGUCCUCGCUGACCUCAGAGAGGCAUUAUGAAGCUUGCUUCGGGCCAGGCCUUUGAGAUCCUCCCAGCAUUUUGCUAACCCACGAGGUUUGCUCCGAAGCUGAUCAUGUUGACCAGUGAACGGCGGCUGGUUUGCUCUGCAGCUCAUGCCAGGGACUGAAGGCUAGCAAUGCCUUCCUGAAGGAGGUUGUUAUACCAGCCCUAGAAAAAGGACUGGGCUUUUGCAGGAAGCUGGAGGUUUCUCCUUCUGCAUCACUGGCAGCAACAUUUUUGGAGGAAGAACCAGCAUCUCUCCCUGCUCGCGUCCGUGCCCUUGGCGCAACUGCCUGAACAGACCAGCAAGCAGCACUGGUGCACGGGCAAGGUGGACUCCACGUCUCUCUGCCCUGCAGCACCUGACACUAAAAACCCGAGCCAAGCGUAAGGCUGCAUUUUUACCGCUUCCUUCCUAGAACCGCGAUCAGCACGGCCCAUCCGAGGCCCUGACUUGAAAAAGCUCAGGGGUGCUGCUCUAAGCAUCCUCCACUGAGCAGCGGUGUUUAAAUCCUGGUUGCCGGCACGAGGCUUUUUUCUAUGUCUGCGUCAUCUUGUUUUUUAAAGUGACCAAGUUUUUUCUAACCAAAAUUCCUAUUUUUUUGGCUUUUGUGUAACCAUUAAUCCCAACCUGUAGAGCUAUUUUUAUAUUGAUGCCUUCUGGGUAGAUUUGGACUGUGUGUGUGCGGGGCGGGGGCUUUGCUCCCUUCCUCCUUGGUGCUGUGGGAACAGCUCAGAAGCCCCUUUGCAUCCCCGUGUCCCCUAAAUUGCACUCACUCGUUUCUCUACAAGUGAAGGGAGUGGAGAGACCAACCAGUAACAACUCUGACUCCUCUCUCAGAGACCUUCCCCAGGGGUUUGUACAACCUGGUUUUAUCCAGAGGAAUUUAAGCACAAUCUAGCACGUGAAAGAGGCUGUUUCCAGCCAGCUCCCAACCUCCCCCCAACCACCGGUCUUCGUGAGCUGCACGUGGUCCAAUGUAGCAUUAAAACAGGGGAA